AUGAUAAAGCCAGGCAUCCCUGCCAAGAGCAAUAGCCUGCUGGGCGUGUGGGGCCAGGUGCCAGGCAGUGCAUUGACCGAAGGCUACGUCGGGUCCCUUCAGGACAGCAGACACAGCAGCUCCUCACAGAUCCGCAGGCGCAAGGCCUCUGGGGACCCGUACUGGGCCUACUCCGGUGCCUAUGGGCCUGAGCACUGGGUGACGUCUAGUGUCAGCUGCGGGGGCCACCACCAGUCUCCCAUAGACAUUUUAGACCAGCAUGCUCGUGUCGGCGAGGAGUACCAGGAGCUGAAACUUGAUGGCUUCGACAGUGAGUCUUCUAACAAAACCUGGAUGAAGAACACAGGGAAAACAGUUGCCAUCCUUCUGAAAGACGACUAUUUCGUCAGCGGCGCGGGCCUGCCCGGCAGAUUCAAAGCGGAGAAGGUGGAGUUUCACUGGGGCCACAGCAAUGGCUCUGCGGGCUCGGAGCACAGCAUCAAUGGCCGGCGCUUCCCUGUGGAGAUGCAGCUUUUCUUUUACAAUCCAGACGACUUUGACAGCUUUCAAACUGCCAUUUCUGAAAACAGAAUAAUCGGAGCCAUGGCCAUAUUUUUCCAAGUCAGUCCAAGGGACAAUUCUGCGCUGGAUCCUAUUAUCCAUGGGUUGAAGGGCGUCGUACAUCAUGAGAAGGAGACCUUCCUGGAUCCUUUCGUGCUCCGGGACCUCCUGCCUGCAUCCCUGGGCAGCUACUACCGGUACACGGGUUCUCUGACCACCCCUCCGUGUAGCGAAAUCGUGGAGUGGAUAGUCUUCCGGAAGCCCGUCCCCAUCUCUUACCACCAGCUCGAGGCUUUCUAUUCUAUCUUCACCACGGAGCAGCAAGACCACGUGAAGUCAGUGGAGUACCUGAGAAAUAACUUCCGGCCCCAGCAGGGUCUGAACGGCAGGGUGGUGUCCAAGUCCGCCGUCAGUGACGCCUGGAACCAUGACAUGACAGACUUCCUCGAUAACCCACUGGGGACGGAAGCCUCUAAAGUCUGCAGCUCGCCGCCCAUCCACAUGAAGGUGCAGCCCCUGAACCAGACGGCGCUGCAGGUGUCCUGGAGCCGGCCUGAGACCAUCUACCACCCGCCCAUCAUGAACUACAUGAUCUCCUACAGCUGGACCAAGAACGAGGACGAGAAGGAGAAGACCUUCACGAAGGACAGCGACAAAGACCUGAAAGCCACCAUCAGCCACGUCUCACCUGACAGCCUUUACCUGUUCCGCGUCCAGGCCGUGUGCCGCAACGACAUGCGCAGCGACUUCAGCCAGACGAUGCUCUUUCAAGCUAAUACCACUCGAAUAUUCCAAGGGACCAGAAUUGUGAAAACAGGAGUGCCCACGGCGUCUCCUGCCUCUUCGGCCGACAUGGCCCCCAUCAGCUCGGGGUCUUCGACCUGGACAUCCUCCGGCAUCCCCUUCUCAUUUGUUUCCAUGGCGACCGGGAUGGGCCCAUCCUCCAGCGGCAGCCAGGCGACGGUGGCCUCGGUGGUCACCAGCACGCUCCUGGCCGGCCUGGGCUUCGGCGGCGGCGGCGACGCCGCACCGAGCAGGGACAGCGAGGGCACCGAGGAAGGGGCGAAGGAUGAGAAGAGUGAGAGUGAGGACGGGGAGCGGGAGCACGAGGAGGAGGGGGAGAAGGACUCCGAGAAGAAGGAGAAGAGCGGGGAGACCCACGCCACCCAGGGCCCGAGCCAGGCCGAGCCCACCCCUGUGCCCUCGUCUUCCGGUAGAACUGCCCAGGACGGGGGGCAUCAGACUAUACCGGGGCCCCAGCGCAACCACACUGCCGUCCCCACGGACCAGCCCGAUGACACGAGGGGUGCCCGCCUGGGCUCCGAGUCAGUCACCUCCACCCAAGUGCCCCCCACAGUCACACAGGAGCCCUACGAAGGGAGUGAUCGCAAGAGUCCUGCACUGCCAUCUAAAAAGCCCAUGUCCCGAGGGGACCGCUUUUCCGAGGACAGCAAGUUCAUCACUGUCAACCCAGCAGAAAAGAACACCUCUGGGAUGGUAAGCCGCCCUUCCCCGGGGAGGAUGGAGUGGAUCAUCCCCCUGAUUGUGGUGUCAGCCUUGACCUUCGUGUGCCUCAUCCUUCUCAUCGCUGUGCUGGUUUACUGGAGAGGGUGUAACAAAGUAAAGUCGAAGGGCUUUCCCAGACGCUUCCGUGAAGUGCCUUCUUCUGGGGAGAGAGGAGAGAAGGGGAGCAGAAAAUGCUUCCAGACGGCUCACUUCUACGUGGAGGACAGCAGCUCCCCUCGGGUGGUCCCCAAUGAGAGCAUCCCCAUUAUCCCCAUCCCGGAUGACAUGGAGGCCAUCCCGGUCAAACAGUUUGUGAAACACAUCGGGGAGCUCUAUUCCAAUAACCAGCACGGCUUCUCCGAGGAUUUUGAGGAAGUCCAACGCUGUACGGCUGACAUGAACAUCACCGCAGAACAUUCCAAUCAUCCAGAUAACAAGCACAAAAACAGAUACAUCAACAUUUUAGCAUAUGAUCACAGCAGGGUGAAGUUAAGACCUCUACCAGGAAAAGACUCUAAGCACAGCGACUACAUUAAUGCAAACUAUGUCGAUGGUUAUAACAAAGCAAAAGCCUACAUCGCCACCCAGGGACCUCUAAAGUCUACAUUUGAAGAUUUCUGGAGGAUGAUUUGGGAACAAAACACUGGAAUCAUCAUCAUGAUUACAAACCUUGUGGAAAAGGGAAGACGAAAAUGUGAUCAGUAUUGGCCGACAGAGAACAGUGAGGAGUAUGGAAACAUUAUUGUCACACUGAAGAGCACAAAAGUCCACGCCUGCUACACUGUCCGUCGUUUCUCAGUCAGAAACGCAAAAGUGAAGAAGGGUCAGAAGGGGAACCCCAAGGGCCGUCAGAACGAGCGGGUGGUGAUCCAGUACCACUACACACAGUGGCCUGACAUGGGCGUCCCCGAGUACGCCCUCCCCGUCCUGACCUUCGUGCGGAGGUCCUCGGCCGCCCGCACGCCGGAGAUGGGCCCGGUGCUGGUGCACUGCAGCGCUGGCGUGGGCAGGACAGGCACCUACAUAGUGAUCGACAGCAUGCUGCAGCAGAUCAAAGACAAAAGCACAGUGAACGUCCUGGGCUUCCUGAAGCACAUCAGGACACAGCGCAACUACCUCGUCCAGACGGAGGAGCAGUACAUUUUCAUCCACGAUGCCUUGUUGGAAGCCAUUCUUGGAAAAGAGACCGAAGUAUCUUCAAAUCAACUGCAUAGCUAUGUGAACAGCAUCCUCAUACCAGGAGUAGGAGGAAAGACACGACUGGAAAAACAGUUCAAGCUGGUCACACAAUGUAAUGCGAAAUACGUGGAAUGCUUCAGUGCUCAGAAAGAGUGCAACAAAGAGAAGAACAGAAACUCAUCGGUAGUGCCAUCUGAGCGCGCUCGAGUGGGCCUUGCACCGUUGCCUGGAAUGAAAGGAACAGAUUACAUUAAUGCUUCUUACAUCAUGGGCUAUUACAGGAGCAAUGAAUUCAUUAUCACCCAGCAUCCUCUGCCACACACUACGAAAGAUUUCUGGCGGAUGAUUUGGGAUCACAAUGCGCAGAUCAUUGUCAUGCUGCCGGACAACCAGAGCUUGGCAGAAGAUGAGUUUGUGUACUGGCCAAGUCGAGAAGAAUCCAUGAACUGUGAGGCCUUUACCGUCACCCUUAUCAGCAAAGACAGACUGUGCCUCUCUAACGAAGAACAAAUCAUCAUCCACGACUUUAUUCUGGAAGCUACACAGGAUGACUACGUCCUGGAAGUCCGGCACUUUCAGUGUCCCAAGUGGCCUAACCCAGACGCCCCCAUCAGCAGUACCUUUGAACUUGUCAACGUCAUCAAGGAAGAGGCCUUGACAAGGGAUGGCCCCACCAUUGUCCACGAUGAGUAUGGAGCGGUUUCAGCGGGAAUGCUGUGUGCCCUCACCACCCUGUCCCAGCAACUAGAGAAUGAAAACGCCGUGGAUGUUUUCCAGGUUGCAAAAAUGAUCAAUCUUAUGAGGCCUGGAGUUUUCACAGACAUUGAACAAUACCAGUUUGUCUAUAAAGCAAUGCUCAGCCUGGUCAGCACGAAAGAAAACGGAAACGGGCCCAUGGCAGUGGACAAAAAUGGUGCUGUUCUCAUUGCGGACGAGUCGGACCCUGCCGAGAGCAUGGAAUCUCUGGUGUGACUGCGACCUGCCAGGCGCCUAAUUUGUAAAACUUCUGAAGACUGAGAACUUUUUUGAGGCCUUUUUUGCCAGACUCUAGGUUAUACAAUAACCCAGUUACUUUUUUACACUGAUAAAAGUUUUGAUAUUUAUUUUUUGCCAUUUUAUGUCUUAAUGGUAUCCUACUGAGCAUCUGCACCUCUGUUCACCCCCCACCCCCCGUGAAACGCAAUUCGACCUAGUUUGCACUAUCUGAUCAGUGUUACUGCCUAUAACCUAAUACUAAAGCAAGCCCUGGUGUGACAUUCCGUAACAACAUACGCGCUACUUUUUUAGUUCAGUACAGUGAAGGUCUUUGUUAUGACAGUGAAUCUUGGUUCUCUUAUUAUUCUUGCUAAAGCAGUGACAUUCUACUAGCAGGCAAUGCUGUGUUUUUCCUCAGCCCUCUUCUGCUAUUUUUUUUUUUUUAGACAUUGUUCAAUGCUGUAUGCCUUCUAUAUUUUAGCGGACGAGCAUUGUUUUCUUUUAAAGAAUAGUAGGUUGUUGGGAGCUACUGAGAAGGUCGGUCAACCUCAUGGCCUUGAAACAGUUCCAUGUAUGAUGGGGAAGACAUCCAUUAAGAAAUUAGAAGGUUUCAAAGUUGCUUCAUGUGAACAUCACCUGUUAGUUACAAACGUAUAUUCAUAGCUGAAAAAUGCCCAACUGUGUCAAAAUAAAGGAUCUCUCUGAAUUACGGUUUUCACAGUAGCUAUGUGGACAGUGUGUGUUAUUUCCAUCUGACUCUGAAAUAGCUCCACCCUAAAAGCAGGACUACCUUUUACAAGAGAGAGAUGGCAAUAUUUUACACAGCUCAGCUAAGAAACCCUUUAGUGACUCUCCACUAAUGUUCCAUGGUUUGUAAUACCAUACCUCACGGCAGGUGGAAUAUGAAAAUUUUUGUAGGUGUGUAAUUUUGAAACUAGUCCUCUAAAAUUCCUAUUACUCGGAUCGCAAUCUAAUAAAAACUACCUAUCUAGUUAA